GUCUGAUCGCGGUGUUUGCUCCCUCUGUCCUCCAUUACAGCUCGGCUCCAUCCCCGCUGUACGGCGCAGGCCCGAAGUAGCGCAGCCGCUCUGAGUCAUUUUACAGUGGAUCCAGCUGUGUAGACGAGGUGGACAGUCAUGGAGGAGCACACCGUUCACCAGACAGAACACAUGACCACAAUCGAGGCCAACGCCGUGAGUCAACAGGUCCAGCAGGUACAUGUGGCCACCUUUACUGAAACAUCCAUGUUGAGCGCUGAGGAAGACUCCACAUCCUCACCAGAUGAUGACCCUUAUGACGACACAGACAUCCUCAAUUCGGCUGGGACUGAUGAGGUCACUGCCCACCUGGCUGCCGCAGGGCCAGUUGGCAUGGCAGCAGCCGCUGCUGUGGCAACUGGUAAGAAAAGAAAGAGACCUCACAUCUUUGAAUCCAAUCCCUCCAUCCGCAAGAGGCAACAGACCCGUCUACUAAGGAAACUACGUGCAACAUUAGAUGAAUAUACCACCAGAGUGGGGCAGCAGGCCAUAGUGUUGUGUAUCUCUCCAUCUAAACCAAACCCUGUGUUUAAAGUAUUUGGUGCUGCUCCUCUAGAGAAUGUGGUGAGGAAAUAUAAGAGCAUGAUGUUGGAGGACCUGGAGAAUGCACUGGCAGAACAUGCUCCUGCUGGCGGAGAACUGGCCUCAGAGCUGCCCCCUCUCACCAUCGAUGGCAUCCCUGUUUCUGUGGACAAGAUGACACAGGCCCAGUUGCGAGCGUUUAUCCCAGAGAUGCUGAAGUACUCAACGGGUCGAGGGAAGCCUGGCUGGGGUAAGGAGAGCUGUAAGCCAGUGUGGUGGCCUGAGGACAUCCCAUGGGCCAACGUUCGCAGUGAUGUUCGCACAGAGGAGCAAAAGCAAAGGGUGUCUUGGACGCAAGCACUUCGGACAAUUGUCAAAAACUGCUACAAGCAGCAUGGCCGAGAGGAUUUGUUGUAUGCUUUUGAAGACCAGCAAAUAAACCAGGCAACCACCACCCAGCACCACCUAACUGCUGCACAGAGUAUAGCUCAUCUAGUGCCAUCACAGACUGUAGUACAAACCAUCAAUAACCCAGACGGAACAGUCUCGCUUAUACAGGUUGGCACAGGCCACACAGUUGCUACUCUGGCAGAUGCGUCAGAGUUGCCUGGUGUGACAGUGACACAGGUCAACUACUCCACUGUAACUGAUGGAGAGGUGGAGCAGAACUGGGCCACACUCCAAGGUGGAGAGAUGACAAUCCAAACCACCCAGGCGUCAGAAGCCACACAGGCAGUAGCAUCACUGGCUGAAGCUGCUGUUGCAGCAAGUCAGGAGAUUCAGCCUGGGGCCACCGUCACAAUGGCACUCAACAGUGAGGCAGCAGCUCAUGCUGUUGCAACGUUGGCAGAGGCCACUCUACAAGGUGGAGGGCAGAUUGUCCUGGCAGAAACAGCAGCUGCUGUCGGGGCGUUGGCAGGGGUACAGGAUGCCACAGGUUUGGUCCAGAUCCCGGUCAGCAUGUACCAGACUGUAGUGACCAGUCUCGCCCAGGGCAACCGACCCGUCCAGGUUGCCAUGGCACCUGUUGCCACUCGCAUAGACAACACCGUCACGCUGGAUGGCCAGGCGGUUGAAGUUGUUACUCUGGAGCAGUGAUACUUUCAACGCUGGAAGGAGUAGAAGGCACUGAAUGGUUACCUUUAAGAUUGGAGAUCCUACUGUUUUCCAAGACAUCAAGUUGUGUACAAUGGCAAAUAUAUUUUUAAAUGUACAUCUGCAGGGGAAGUGAAAAGAGUUAUCAGUGAAUUGUGUUUACUAUGUAAAGACAUUGAUUUUCUUGGUGUAUUUUUUCAUUUACUUUCAUGUUUUGUUUUUUUUUAGCUCUGUAAAGUUGAGUGUCUAGUAUUUAUUUCUUUACAGUUCUCCUUUACUUAAAGACAAAGUAAACCAAAAACCCCAGGAGGAAAGCCACCACUGCUUCACAUAGAUUAUGUAAUUAUCAUGGAGUUUUCUUCAUUGGUCUUCCUUGACUUUUAUGUUCUUAGGAUGUAUUUAUAAUUUGGUGCCAGAGUCACAAAUCCCUCGUCUCUGCUUCCUGUAUUCUCGACCACUAUUGGAAAUCUCACCUCUGCACCCUCCACCAUUUCAGCUUCAUACACUCCCAGACAUUUCUCAUGUUAGAAAGUUUCCUCACAAUAUGUCCCAUUGAGUUUUCUGUCUUAUGUGCUUUUCCCUGAGCUGUUUUUUAAUUGUGGUCUGCGCACAUGUCUCAGUUUGUGAAGACUCAGGAUAUAGAUCGAGGUGUUUUUUACUGCUGGAUUGCUGAGCUGACUUCCUGAAGCAGCCAUUUUGUCUACCAAAUCCAAUUAAUUAAGUGCAUGGAUAGGAGCACCCCUUGUUAUUUCUUAACAUAAACUCCUUUGUAUGUCACUUAGUGGUCUGCCAUUUUGUAUGUCAGAAUAAGGUAACACUUGGACAGGAGCUUCAGUAUUUGUGAUUUACAAAUGUCAAAAGCAAUUCUUUAAAUCUUAUAACAAAAAAGGCUUGAAACAACUUCUUUUGAUGCAGCUGUAACACUUUUCACCAAAUGUGUGUAUUUAAAAAAAUAAAGACUGGCUGCUUUUCACCAUGUAUAUUGGCUCUUGGUCAUUGCUACACAUUUAUUUUUGAUUGAAAUCUUACCUAAAUUUCAUUUACAUGAGUACAAAGUGUGUAAUUUGACAUAUUUCAGGGCAGUGACAAAUUGCAGAUUCGUAAUAUUUUUCAGUACUGCUCUCUAAAUGCCCUACUCAGAAAUAAAAUGUAAUCUCACUGUGCAACACAUCUUGCAUUACAUUUUAGAGACUAACCUUGGUGACUUGUAUGUUUUUACUCCCUGGUGACGGAACCUUUAUUAAUGCAGUUUUAAAACUUGCUAAAAAAAAAAAAGUUCUUAGAUUUGCUAGUUACAAUCUUGAAAUCCAACAUGAAGGACUGUUUUCAGAUGCGCAACAGACAAAAAGAAACAGGAAAAUUUCAACACUUUCCAUGCUCUGCUGGUCCUGAUGCAAGUUAGACAUAGGCCAUACAAGCUUUAUAUACUCAUUUAUUUUCAUGUAUAUUGUCCUGUAAUGAUGCCAUGAAGCCCUUUAACCUCCACACUCUCCUCUACAGCUCCCCCACCUCCUCUGUUGUGACAGACAGGGCCAUGAUUACAUCAUAAGCUCCCGAACCUCCUCUGCUUUAAAGCCUGGGAUUUGCUAGCAGGGCCCUUCUGUUGCAGAGUAGAAUGCAGAGAGAAGCAUUCAGGCCUUAAUCUAUCAGGCGUCAGUGUAUAUCCCACUCUUUCUCCAGAUUAGAGCUGAACCAGGUUGUAUUCACACAGAUGAGAAGAUCCCAUUUUUCUUCCUAUUUUAUGCUUGUACCCUUUCCUGUCAUUUUUGAUCAGACCCUUUGUGGUAGCUG